AUGGCCAUGAUUAGUAACAUGAAUAAUUCCAAUUCCAUGAAUUUGUAAGUUUAAUCUGUUUUUAAUAAUUUUUGAAGUUUAAGUAUGAUUAGCUGGUUCUAAUGCAAAAUUUAAAAUGUUUUAUAUUAUAAUUGGCUUGAAAAAAGCAAUAAAGGCUCAUUUUAUACUAAUAAACUGUUUUUUCUUGUAUGGGGUUAUACAAGCCAUCGAAAAGUUCGGUUUUGAUGUUAACCUACUUAUAGUAGACCCUAAGUUAAUCGUUUUCUGAUCCCAUAGUGACUUUUAAAUGCUGCUUACAAAAGUUGAAUUUUCCGUACAGUUUCAUAAUUAAUGUUUCUUGUUUUCAGCUGCAGUCGGAGCGGUACAGGCGCUCCGUGUUGUUUUUGACGCCCCUCCAAGUGAUCCAGAUGCAAGUAUAGACUCAGACGCGCUUUCCGGUCUCGUAAAACGUGAGUUUUUGUCGUUGUUAUUGUUGUGUUUUAGGUAUUGAGGUUUACAUUGAUACUUCUAUUUUUAAGUGUGAUUUCAAAUGAUUUUAAACAUGUUGAGGAUGCUAACUAAACUAAAAUCGAAUUUUCAGAAGUCAGCGAAGAAUGGUGUGCCCACAUUCCGGAGAAAAAGACCCUCGCCCUCUUCCUACCCCACAACCAACACUCGUCGAAGCUCAGCCGCGAGCACUUUGUCAACCUGCUCGAGUACUGUGAAGAUGAACUCGGCUUCUGUCGCGUUCUCGCCUGCUUCAACAAGGACGGUAUGGACGCGAAGCAGGGAAUUCCACGGGCCUUGAGAUGCAUCGGCUUCAACGUCCUCGCCCCCGAGCACUUCCCAGCCAGCUUGGACAAACAGAAGCUCUUCUGCAUGGUCUACAACAUCUAA